UGGUCUUCGGAUCCGACUUUCUUGGCUAGAAGUGAAGCCGGGAAGAAAAAUCGGAUGUCCGAAAAGGCAAUGACGACACAAUGGCACGGAGGCCGCAAACCCCAGAGUAAACAUAAAGAAGCUCUUGCGGGGCCUCAAAAGAAGAGGGUCCCAAUCCUCAGUGUAAUCAAACAUUGUUGGACGAAGAGCGGUGUUGAGUCGCCAGCCAAUCUACCACCCCGCCUUGCUGAAAUCGAAACAAAGUAUAACGCAAAUGUUGAAAAGAAGCGGGCGGAACUUGGCUUGACUCAAGAAGAUGACAUCGGUUCUGAUGUGGAAGAUGAUGCCAUCCUUGAGGCAACAGGGGUGUACAAGGGUCGGCUUCCAUGCCUCGGGGCUGAGGGGCAACGUAUUUUGUACGAUCGCAGCGGCAGCGGAGCUUCAUCAUCUUCUCAAUCUAGACGAGGAGAGGAUCCACGCAUUG